AUGGAAGACUUACGAAAAAUGCUUGUAAAAUUUGACAAAACUGGUGAUCUUUUGCAUGCUGCUCACAUAGUGCCUAAAUAUGAUGAAGAAGGUUUUGUGGAAAGAAUUUUUUCUGAAUGGUGCGUGGAUGGCAACAAAAAUGAUGUUUUAGAAAAAGCAAUGAAUAAGUUUAAAAAAUCAACAAAUAAAGGAGCAAUUUCGACGUGUAUCACGGAGAAGACCAGUCACAGCUCAGACUCUUCAACAGAGCCACGGUUAUCAUGUGUUUAUCACCCAUCAACCACUGGAGGUCCAACCGUCUGGGAUUAUGCUGCAACUCCUGGCUUGGCGACAGAUUUUAUUAGCAGCAGUGGUGUAAUUGGAAAAUCAGCCAGAAACGUGUUUCAAACCGGGAUGAAGAAGUUAUGGCAAGAUAGAAAUGAAGAUAGUCAAUCUACCGAUCUUUCAUCUACAAAUACUGUCCCUGCCUCUACCUCCCCUUCCGUGUCGUUUUCUGUUUCGCCUUCUAUUUCAGCAUCUUCAUCUGUAACUCUUUGUAGCUCUGUUACAACCUCUCUUCCAGUUAGUAGCGCUGUUUCAACAUUCAUUCCUAUGCGCAAAGAUCUUCAUUUUAAUACGAUUUCCGCGACUUUCGAAUCCUCCUUCCUCUCUGCUGCUACAAAUACCAAUACAAAUGUCGUCACUGAUUCUUUUAGCACUAACACCACUCUGGCCUUUUCCAGUGGAUGUACCUCGAUCGGCAAUUCUUCAUAUGUUUCAACCUCUUCUUCCUCUUCUUCAAGCUCCUUCGUCGCUACAACAUCUAUGUCUACCAUAUCUAAAAUGACUGCUCCAUCUGUCCCCACAGCAACUUUUAGCACAGGAGCUGUUGUAGCAUUAUCCAACGAGAAUGGUGUAGUGCGUGGUUUUGGAUGUGUCUCAGGAAUGUCGAAGGUGCAUAAUCGGCCCGUGACUCCCGGCUACCAAUCUGUCUUUGUUACUAGUGUGGUACCGGGCAAAACAGUUGCUCCACCAUUUCCUGGUCCAUUCGACGAAGAUGUCGUAAGACCAGGCGAGUCUUACAUUUGGCCAGUUGACAGAAUGUUUGUUGCUGGACCAGAUGAUUUUACUCACAAUAUAUAG